UAAGCGUAAUCAACCGCACCAAAGACCGAGAGUUUGGAGGCAGUUAGUGGUUUCCUUCUUGAGAACAACUGUUUCAUCAAUCUAAAUUAACUGCUGCUCCAAGAGUUAAGCUUUGGAAUCUAGGUAUAAAUGUAUUUUGAUGGAUUUGAGUGUCUGGGUUUGGUUUGAGUGGGGUAAAGAUCAUUUUGGAAUUGGGGUUUUUCCAGCGCCGGCGUAGAUAAUGACUUUGGGGAAGAAGGGUGAAGGGAUAGUGAGGAGGAGGCAGUCUUUUGGGAGGAAAAGGGUGGUGCUGUCAAGUGCUUUACAGAUUGAUGAUUUCAUUACCGGCACAGAAACAAGCAAGCAUUGCAGGGAGGUUUCAUUUCCCAGUUCUGAGAAACCUUCUCUGGAAUCCUUGCCUCAAGAUGUUCUGAUUAGGAUAAUUUUCGGGGUUGAUCAUGAUGAUUUGAGCAGGCUGUUUCAUGUCUCCAAGACCAUUCGAGAAGUGACAAUGAUCGCUAAGAAAUGGCAUUUUGAGUAUAGUACACCCAGAAAAACCAUGGAUUCUCAAAACGUUGUUGUUGGUUUCGAGGAUUCUAUGGAUUACAAUGAAGUUGAAGCACCAAAUGCUCCAAGACAGACAAGAGUUCCAAAGCUUCGGUUAAGCCAUAAGAAGUUGUCUGGGAUUGCCGUAGCCCUGUUUCCAUGAAAGUGCUGUUUUGGAUUGUACAUGUCACAGAAAUUUCCAGAGGCCCUUCUUCUUCAACCUUCUGCUGAAGACUGGCUUGCCUGUAAGAAAAAUGAUUUGAUUUAUUAGCCAUUCUGGGCUGCAUUGGCUCUUCCAUUUUCAUGUAUAGCAAUUUUUUUGAGGCAAUGAAAUAAAAAUGCAUUUUUUUCAUUCA